AUGCCGAUGGUUCUGCGGUCCAGAAAAUCAGUGCACGUCGGUGAGGCAGCAGACGAAGAGGUGAGUGAAACAGAAGAAACACCCAUAGUGAGGAGGAAGUCUCCGAGCCGCCUACAGAAGAGACCAACUUACGCGCCGAACAAACCUCUACUUCGCAGCGAGCCACGUAGUUCCUCGUUGAGGUCCACGGAGUCAUCGGACUCGGACUCUGACGUUGUACAAAGUGUAGAGAUGGAGAGACCCCAGACUGAUGGGGAAGAGGAAGAGCCCGAUGACAUGGAUCUGAGGAACUGCAGCAUUAUGCUGGAACGUCUCGGUAAUAAGGCCGCCAAAAGAGAAUUUGAGGAUAAAGAUGACCUGAGCCGCAAAAGUGCAAAGCCUGCCUCCCGCAUCCCUACUAUGCUGAAACGGCCUGUCAUUGCCAGCCCAGAACUGCCUGUCUCCAAAAAAGAUCCUCCUGCUGUUGUUCAGCCUGCAAGUGCUGACACAUCAAAGUCCAAAUUGCCUGAGGCUCGUGAAAAAACACACCCCUUUCCAACAGUUCGCAUACCCAGAGUUGGUUCUGAGGUCCCUGCCAUCUUGAGGAGCUUAGAAACUGCGACAGGAACUGCACCCAAACACUCUGUUUUGUCUGAAGGACUGCAGCCCAGUCUCAUAGUUAGCCCCAGGCCUGCCCUGAGAGCAGAAGAGAAUUUCAUUAAAGAGGAAGACAACAGUCAUUACCCCAAAUUUGAGAGUUCCUCAAGUCACCUUCCUUGUGUGGAACUACUCAGCCGUAAUCCACUUCAAGAAGAAGACCCACAGAGGCCUCGUAUUGCAAUAGAGAGCAAUAUUCCUCUAAAGAUAUCCAAAGCGCUCCCUUGCAUACCCGAUGUGAGCCAAGCAGAGGCUAUUGUGAACGAAAAACCACCAUGGGAGAACGAAGACCCGAAUGCGGCGGAGUCAAAGAGCUUAAAAUCUUCAUCAGACUUCGACAGCGAGGAUGACCUGGCGAUGGGUGACUGCGGGGAUAUAAAGAAAAAAAUGGAGAGGCAAGCGAGCAAAAUAGUCAAUGAAGAUGUUGAUAUUAAGGAAAAUGCUGGAAUUCAUGACAAGUCGGCCUGGCCAGUGACGGCAGAGCAGCCUGUCAAAACCCGGUCUACCAAGUCAACAAAACGAUCCGGAUGUGGCAGCCUCAUCCUCCGCCUCUUGCUGCCGGCGACUUUGUUGCUUGUUGCGAUGCACGCAUGGCGCUUUGGCAUUCCCAUGUCGGUCAGCCAGCUCGCUGCUCAUAUGGAGCUGCACUGGCUGGAGGGCAUGGGCCCCAUUACAGAGAAAUGUAGCAAAGAUUGUAGAGUUCAUCUGGUGGAGAGUAUCCCCCAGGGUCUCUACCCGUCCAGCCCUUCACCGCAGCAGAGUACAGCGGUCAGCUGGCUCCAGCUGCUGGACAAGGCCAACAGCUCGGUCAGCAUCGCUGCUUUCUACAUGUCGCUGCGGAGCAACCUUUCGGAGUUCGCCGAAACUGACGACGCUCAGGGCAGGAAGGUCUUUGAGCAACUGAAGCAGCUCCCGUCCAAAAAUGUCAAACUCAAGAUUGCCGUGAACGGACCUCAAAAUAGGAUUCAAGACACAAGCGAAUUGGCUUUGGCAGGCGCUAAAAUCAGGGAGGUGGAUAUGACGACUUUAACGGGAGGCAUCCUGCACACCAAGCUGUUGGUUAUUGAUCAGAAGCAUUUCUACCUAGGUAGUGCCAACAUGGACUGGCGCUCUUUGACUCAGGUCAAGGAGGUGGGUCUCGUCGUUGAGGACUGCAGCUGCCUGGCUCAAGACGCUGCUCGUAUUUUUGAGGUGUACUGGAGCCUCAAUGGGUCCCUGCCACUGUAUUGGCCUGCCCGUUUCACUGCCUUAUCUAGCUCCCAGAAGCCUCUGCUGGUCAACUUCAAUGGAGUCGCCGCCAAAGUUUAUUUCUCCAGUGCCCCUCCGCAGAUCUCGGCCCGCGGGCGCUCGGACGAUCUGGCCACCAUAUUGUCCGUCAUCGACGACGCUCGAGACUUUGUUUUCAUCUCCGUCAUGGACUACCUUCCGCUGUCAGAGUUCACCGAACCACUCAGGUUCUGGCCCACCAUCGACAAUGCCCUGCGUGCAGCAGCCUGCACCCGAGGCGUGAAAGUCCGUCUCCUGGUUAGCUGUUGGGACAACUCGCCUGCCGCCAUGUUCACCUUCCUGCAAUCGCUGCUGGUUCUUAACAGGCCUUCCAUUAAAUGUGACAUUGAAGUGAAAAUUUUCACAGUGCCUUCAACAGAGGAGCAGAUGAAGAUCCCCUUUGCGCGGGUCAACCACGCCAAGUACAUGGUCACAGAGAGAGUUCUUUAUAUUGGCACAUCCAACUGGUCCGAGAACUACUUCACCCAGACCGCGGGAGUGAGUUUGGUGGUGAACCAGACCGACUCUGAGGUCAAACCAGGCCAACGGACUCUGCAGAGCCAAGCAGAAGAACUCUUCCUCCGAGAUUGGAGGUCCCAUUACUCGAGCUCGCUCUCGGCUGCUGACGUUCGGGCCUGCCCUCGCAGACCACUUUGA